AUGUCAGAAUCAGAAGAAAAAACAGUAAAAGAAUCUGAUAAAAAAAUUGAAAUCCCUAAAAAAAAAUUAUAUACUGAUUUUACAACGAAUACAGUUUUUGUUGGUAACCUUCCCAUUACUUAUGAUAAAACUAAAGUAACAAAACUUUUUUCUCGAUUUGGAAAAGUUGUAUCUGCGAGAAUAAGAUGUAUACCAAUAGCUAGUAUCAAUAUGAAAAAAAAAGUAGCUGCAAUAAAAAAAGAAUUUAAUCCUAGAAGAAAUAGUGUUGUAGCAUAUGUUAAAUUUGCUUCAGAAGAUUCUGUCAAAGCUGCCGUUGAUGCAAACGGAAUGAUUGUUGAUGGACAUCAUUUACGAAUUAAUUUAGCCGAAACUUCAACAGAAAUAGAUACUAAUAAAGCAAUAUUCGUAGGUGGUUUACCAUUUGAUAUUGAAGAUGAUGAAUUAUGGGAGUUUUUUGAAAAUUGUGGGAAAAUUAAUAGCGUUAGAAUAAUAAGAGAUUCUCAUACUUCUAUGGGAAAAGGAAUAGGAUAUGUAAAUUUUGAUUCGACAGCUGCAGUUGAAUUAGCUCUACAAAUGGAUGGUCAAGAACUUAAAAAAAGAUGUAUAAAUGUUAAAAGAUGUUUAAGUACCAAAUUGAAGAAAAAAACAAAAUUAUUUGGAAAGAAAAAAACGGAAGAAAUGGUUGAAAAACUUUUAUCAAAGAGAAAUCAAACAAAAAUAAAAACUAAUAAAAAAAAUAAAAUGAAAAUCUCAAAAUUAGAAUCUUCUGCUAAUAGUUUUACAGGAAGCAAAGCUAAUGUUAAGAAAAAGAAGCAAAAGAAACCGAGUCAACAAGUUAUGAGAAAGAAAAAAAUUGUUAAAAUUCUAGAAAAAUCAUAG